UCUGGUCAAGAUGGCCGCCGUUGUUCUGGAUGGAGAAUGAGCCGCUGCUGUCAUCCCAACACAGGCCGACCCAACGCACGCUAACCCCGCCCCAAAACAACCCGACCGGACCGGAGCGGCACCGCGAGACCCGAACCUGGUUCUGCCGUGAAGUUGUAUGGCUCUGGGGAUGAAUGGUUUACACAGUCCAUCAGUUCUGCAUGGCAGCAGCCUCCAGCUGAUCAGACUCUUCUGUCGGGUGAUGGUACCGUGGAGUGGACGUGUUUCAUCGUCCAUGAUGGAGAGCAGUUUGGUGAGGGUCCUUUUGUCGGCGACUGAAGCGAUGCACUCCAACCACAGAGCCAGCUUUCCUCACCAGCCUAUCCAGUCGCCCUGCAUCCUUCUUCUUGGUGCUUCCUCCCCAGCACACCACCGCGUAGAGGAGGAGGCUGGCGCCGACGGACUGGUGAAACAUCUCGAGGAGUUUGCUGCAGACGUUGAAUGACGCAGCCGGCUCGGCCCUUUCUUGUAGAUUGCGUCCGUGUUGGCAGACCAGCCCAGUUUAUUGUCCAGAGUACCCCACGGUCCUUGUAUGUGCCUUCCACCCCCACAUUGACCCCCCCAAUGGAGACUGGUAGCAUAGUGGGUUCAAUCCACCACCAUGUCCUUGGUUCCAGUGUUGAGGUGGGCCCAGUGACAGCAGACAUGGACACCACCACCUCCAUCAAGAUGACCACGCUGGCGAUCCAGAACCUGUUCAGCUACGUGGAGGAGGAGAACCUGGCGGCUCUGAAGGUUCACCUGGACCGCUUCAAGGAGGUGGACGGACGCAGCGACAACGGUCAGACUCCUCUCAUGCUGGCGGCGGAGCAGGGCAGCCUGGAGAUCCUGCAGGAGCUCGUGAGGAGAGGAGCCAACGUCAACCUGGACGACGUGGACUGCUGGUCUGCUCUGGUCUCUGCAGCUAAAGAGGGGCACGUUGAGGUGGUGAAGGAGCUGCUGGAGAACAGCGCCUACAUCGAGCACAGAGACAUGGGCGGCUGGACAGCUCUGACGUGGGCGGCUUACAAAGGUCGUGUGGAGGUCACCGAGCUGCUGCUGGAGCACGGAGCCAACCCCAACACCACAGGACAGCAGUACAGUGUGUAUCCGAUCAUCUGGGCAGCAGGUCGAGGACACGCUGACAUCGUCAAAGUUCUUCUUCAUGAAGGAGCCAAAGUCAACUGUUCAGACAAGUAUGGGACCACUCCUCUGAUCUGGGCUUCCAGGAAAGGGCACUUUGACUGUGUGAUGCACCUCCUGGAGAACGGAGCGGACGUUGACCAGGAGGGAGCGAACUCCAUGACGGCGCUCAUCGUGGCCGUGAAGGGCGGCUACGCGGAGGUGGUGAAGGAGCUGCUGAAGAGGAACCCCAACGUCAACAUGACGGACAAAGACGGGAACACGGCGCUGAUGAUCGCCGCCAAGGAGGGCUACACGGAGAUAGUCCAGGACCUGCUGGACGCCGGGACCUACGUCAACAUCCCGGACCGGAGUGGGGACACGGUGCUGAUCGGAGCAGUGAGGGGGGGUCAUGUCGAGAUCGUCAGAGCUCUGCUGCACAAAUACGCCGACAUCGACAUCAGAGGACAGGAGAAUAAAACUGCUCUCUACUGGGCUGUGGAGAAAGGAAACGCCACCAUGGUGAGAGACAUCCUGCAGUGUAACCCCGACACAGAGACCUGCACCAAGGACGGAGAGACUCCUCUGAUCAAAGCCACCAAGAUGAGGAACAUUGAGAUCGUGGAGCUGCUGCUGGAUAAAGGAGCCAAGGUGUCGGCUGUGGACAAGAAAGGAGACACGCCCCUCCACAUCGCCAUCCGUGGGCGGAGUCGCCGCCUGGCCGAGCUCCUCCUCCGGAACCCCAAAGAUGGCCGCCUGCUGUACCGGCCCAACAAGGGCGGGGAGACGCCCUACAACAUCGACUGCAGCCACCAGAAGAGCAUCCUCACGCAGAUCUUUGGAGCGCGUCACCUGUCGCCCACGGAGACGGACGGAGACAUGCUGGGCUACGACCUGUACAGCUCCGCCCUGGCCGACAUCCUCAGUGAGCCCACCACGCAGCCGCCCAUCUGUGUGGGUCUGUACGCACAAUGGGGGAGUGGCAAGUCCUUCCUGCUGAAGAAGCUGGAGGAUGAGAUGAAGACGUUUGCCGGCCAGCAGGUGGAGCCCUUGUUCCGGUUCUCCUGGCUGGUGGUGGUUCUGUCUCUGCUGCUCUGUGGCUCAGUGGGCGUCGUCCUCGGCUUCACCGUCGACCUCAAGCUGUCGGUGGCCGUCUCCCUGAGCCUGCUGGUGGUGCUGUACUCCUUCUGUGUGGUGGUGUACUUCGGGGGGCGCCGGGAGGGCGACAGCUGGAACUGGGCGUGGCUGCUCAGCACGCGGCUGGCCCGGCACAUCGGGUACCUGGAGCUGCUGCUGAGGCUGAUGUUCGUGAACCCCCCGGAGCUGCCGGAGCAGAGCACCAGAGCGCUGCCCGUCAGGUUCCUCUUCACCGACUACAACCGGCUGUCGAGCGUCGGCGGCGAGACGUCGAUGGCCGAGAUGAUCGCCACGCUGUCGGACGCCUGCGAGAGAGAGUUCGGCUUCCUGGCUACACGUCUGUUCAGAGUGUUCAAGACGGAGGAGACGCAAGCAGGAAACAGGAAGUGGAAGAAGACGUGCUGCGUGCCGUCCUUCCUGGUCUUCGUACUGGUUCUGGUCUGCCUGCUGACCGGCAUGGCGCUGCUGGCCGUGUUCAAGGUGGACGGGCAGAACCGCUCGGUGAACGGCGUGCUGGUGGCCGUGGGCGGCGUGGUGGGUCUGGCUCUGCUGCUGAACUGCCGGACCUGGUGGCGGAUGACGGACUCGGUGCUGAACUCCCAGAGGAAGCGGCUCCACGGCGCCGCCAACAGAAUGCACAAGCUCAAGAGCGAGGGCUUCAUGAAGGUGCUGAAGACCGAGGUGGAGCUCAUGGCGAGGAUGACGAAGACCAUCGACGGCUUCACGCAACAUCAAACCAGACUCACGGUCGUCAUCGACGGACUGGACUCAUGUGAACAGGACAAGGUGCUGCAGAUGCUGGACACGGUCCGGGUCCUGUUCUCCAAAGGGCCCUUCAUCUCCAUCUUUGCCAGCGACCCCCACAUCAUCAUCAAGGCCAUCAACCAGAACCUGAACAGCGUGCUGAGGGACUCCAACAUCAACGGCCACGACUACAUGAGGAACAUCGUGCACCUGCCGGUGUUCCUGAACAGCAGAGGCCUGUCCAGCGCCAGGAAGAUGGCCGCCGCCGCGCCGGCUAACGGGGCCGCCGCCGACGGUUGGCAUGAGGAGUUAGACAGGAAACUGUCUCAGCACAGUUUGGGAGAAUUAACCAAGUUUGGCAGCAAAACAACGCUGAACCGCAGGGAUACCUACCGUAGACGUCAGGUCCAGCGCUCUGUGACUCGUCAGAUGUCGUUCGACCUGACGAAGCUGAUGGUGACGGAGGAUUGGUUCAGUGACAUCAGCCCCCAGACCAUGAGGAGGCUGCUGAACAUCGUGUCCGUCACAGGUCGUCUGCUGAGAGCCAAUCAGAUCAGCUUUAACUGGGACCGCCUGGCGUCCUGGAUCAACCUGACGGAGCAGUGGCCCUACAGGACGUCCUGGCUCAUCCUGUACCUGGAGGAGACCGACGGAGUCCCCGACCAGGCCACGCUCAAGACCGUCUACGAGAGAGUGUCCAAGAGCGUCCCGACCACCAAAGACGUGGAGCCUCUGCUGGAGAUCGACGGAGACGCUCGCAGCUUCGAAGUGUUCCUGUCCUCGCGGACCCCCGUCCUCACCGCCAGGGACAUCCGCACCUUCCUGCCCUGCACCGUGAACCUGGACCCCAAGCUGAGGGAGAUCAUAGCAGAUGUUCGUGCUGCCCGGGAGCAGAUGAAUAUGGGCGGGGUCACGUACCCCCCCGCCCCCCUGCAGGAGGCCCAGCCCCGCCCCAUGUCCAUGUACAGCCAGGUGUCGUCGACGUGCUCUCCCUCCGCCUCCUUCGGCGGCCCUUUCAACCCGCCGGCGGGGGGCGGAGUCUCCCCGACGCCUCACAGCAGCUACUACAGCGGCAUGGCCGGACCGCAGCACCCCUUCUACAACAGGCCAUAUUUCCCCCAUCACCUUUACCAGCUGCCUCGCCCUCUCAUGGCCUCCACCUGCCCAUCACACCUCCACCCACGUCCUCCACCCAAACUCUCCUUCAGCCGGGACGGCACAGCUGGCCCGCCUUCUGUGGCGUCCUUGGCUCCGCCCCUCCUCCUCAGCUCCAUGGCAACGGAGGCCGUCUGUGAGCGCGUGCGACAGAUCGACGGUAUCGACCAGAGCAUGGCGACUCAGUACGCCGCCACCAUCAGGAAGGCCAACGUGAACGGCAGAGUUCUGUCUCAGUGUGACAUCGACGAGCUGAAGAAGGAGAUGAGCAUGAACUUUGGAGACUGGCAGCUGUUCAGAGCCACGAUUCUGGACAUGCGUCACAUAGAGAGCCAGGUCCUGCACGAGGAAGCUGCCAGUGAGCAAGGCAGCGUCGUGGGCUGUCACACCGAGGCGGGGCGGCGAGCGGCGGCUCCUCCUCGCGCCGGUGCCGACGCAUCUCCGAUGUACAGCUUCAACAUGAGCUUUGAGGAGCUGAGCACCGUGGGACUGGACGAGGCUCAGAGACAGAACAUGCAGUGGAUGGGCGGCGCUCACCGCACCGCCAGCAUGACCAGCCUGAACUCCCAGGAGUCGUCCAACGACAUCGCCCGGCUGACGGACCGGCAGCAGGACGAGUACCGCAGCGCCUACCAGGAGUACAUCGCACAGAUGGCGCAGGUGGAGACGGGCGGCGGCGGCGGCGGCGAGAGGCCCGUCCAGCCGAUGCCGGGUCAGUUCAUGACAUCAUCAUCGGAGGACAAGAGCAAAGACGGCGGCGAGCCGGACGGACGCAAGUCCUUCAACAAGAGGAGCGGCGGCAAACCGCCGGCAGACAGCGCCGACUUCGCCUCCAACGGCGACGCCCUGGACCCCAUCACCGAGGAGGACGAGAAGGGGGACCACGGGUCCUCCAGGUCCCUGCUGACCCGCAAGACCUCGGCCGAGAGAGGUGGAUUGUUCCAGGGAGCCGCCGACCUGAAGCUGAAGGCCGGCGGCGGUCUGCGCUACCAGAAGCUCACCAGCGACGACGAGGAGUCGGAGGAGUCCGACAACGCCCCCCUGCUGAAGGACGGGAAGAAACCGGUCGACCCCAAACCUCCCGGCGGCUCGCUGGCGCUGAAGGGGAAGGACUACCUGUCGGACGCCACGCUGGACAAGAAGGACUCGUCGGACUCCGGCGUGCGGUCCAAUGAGAGCUCGCCCAAUCACUCGCUGCAGGACGAGGAGGCGGAGCUGUCCCAGCUGGAGAGGGCCGACCUCAUCGAGCUGGACGACGAGAGCCUGGCCGGGAAGCGGGGACUACCCAGCAGCCUCAGCGGCCUGCAGGACCCGGCGGUCGCCCGCAUGUCUAUCUGCUCCGAGGACCAGUGCAGCCUGCUGGCCAGCAGCCCCGAGGAGAGCUGGCCCUCCUCCAGGUCCUACAACCUGAACCGCACGCCGAGCAACGUCACGCUCAACAACAACACCAACGCCCAGCAGGGCAACCGGCCCCGCCCACCGGAAGGGGGCUCCGCCUCCUCUUCCAACCCCGCCUCCUCCAGUGAUGUCAUCCUCUCCCCGAGCUCCUCCUCCUCCUCCUCCACCACCAGGCCUGGUCCCAACAACGAGAACGUCCGAGUGGUUCACCUGAAGAGGGGCCUGAAGCCCGGAGACCCGCCAGAGAUCUGCACCAUGUCCUCCGACACCGUCACCUUCGGCGAGGAGCGGGAGAGCAUCCUGUGACCUUGUCGUGACCUCAUCGUGACCCCCAUCGUGACCCCCAUCGUGACCUCAUCGUGACCCCAUCGUGACCUCAUCGUGACCCCCAUCGUGACCCCAUCGUGAUAUCGUUGUGACCCCCAUCGUGACCUCAUCGUGACCCCCAUCGUGUCAUCGUUGUGACCCCCAUCGUGACCUCAUCGUGACCCCAUCGUGACCUCAUCGUGACCCCAUCGUGACCUCAUCGUGACCCCAUCGUGUUAUUGUUGUGACCCCCAUCGUGACCUCAUCGUGACCCCCAUCGUGACCUCAUCGUGACCCCAUCGUGUUAUUGUUGUGACCCCCAUUGUGACCCCCAUCGUGACCUCAUCGUGACCCCAUCGUGUUAUCGUUGUGACCCCCAUCGUGACCUCAUCGUGACCCCCAUCGUGACCCCAUCGUGAUAUCGUUGUGACCCCCAUCGUGACCUCAUCGUGACCCCAUCGUGUUAUCGUUGUGACCCCCAUCGUGACCUCAUCGUGACCCCAUCGUGACCUCAUCGUGACCUCAUCGUGACCCGUGAACAAAGAGCACUGAGGGUCCACCAGGAGCCGCCUCUCAACCCUCUGAACCAAUCAGGAAGUUUAUAGUUCGAGCCGGGAUCGUUUAAAAAUACACCAGUAUGAAGAUGAAUCCCUUAAAGUGACACGACACCAGUAUGAAGAUGAAUCCCUUAAAGUGACACGACACCAGUAUGAAGAUGAAUCCCUUAAAGUGACACGACACCAGUAUGAAGAUGAAUCCCUUAAAGUGACACGACACCAGUAUGAAGAUGAAUCCCUUAAAGUGACACGACACCAGUAUGAAGAUGAAUCCCUUAAAGUGACACGACACCAGUAUGAAGAUGAAUCCCUUAAAGUGACACGACUUAGUAAAUAGUAAUAAUUGUAUUAUUAACUGCUAACGUACGGAGGUUCCACUCUGUUACAUUACGGUGCGUUCAAGCUCCAGUAAAGAUGUUUAAUCUCGUAAAAUGUAGUUUUGGUGAUGAACUUGAAUAAAUCCCGUAGAUUGAAGAUGUCACAUGAAUAUAAAAUAGAUAUUAGAACCUACAAGCUGCUAAUAGAGGAGGAGGAGGAGGAGGAGGAGGAGGAGGAGGAGGAGGAGGAGGAGGAGGAAGAAGAAGAAGAAGAAGAGGAAA